GAAUUGAAAUAGUUGAAAAUGAAAAAAUUCUCUGCGAAGAUCGUGAAAAUAUUGCGGAAAUGUUUGGUGAAGAAUUUGCAGAACUGCAAAUAAAAUAUCAGUGGAAGCUUCAAAAAGAUUUGUUCAAUAAAAUUUCCAUGCAAUUAAAUGCUUUACAGUGAGUGCUCUACAUUUAAAACAUAUCAAAAGUGCGUCAGGUAUUUGGAUGCACGGUUGCUGCAAUAGUCGUGGAAAAGGCAACGUGAAAAUCUAAAAUAAAACAUACAUAUGCUAAAAUGCCGUCAAACGAAGUGGUGCAACAGUAAAAAAGCAAGGCACACAGCAAAUUCGAAAAAAUAAGAUAUCACGAAUUGAAAGACAGUAAAACACAACGCGCGCACUCUAAUAAAAUUUGCAUUUCCAAAUUGAACAUAUAUUUAUUUCGUUAUUCCUUUCAAUAUAUUCGGUCGUACACGGUCAUACGUUCGAACGUGUUUUCCGGCGCUGGUACGCUGUUUUGGUGGACGCGCAACACGUAAAUUAUAUGCGAAAAUAUGGGUGGUUGCAUUGGCAUACACAGCACCGACAAUGAGACAGUCAGUGUGUCUUCAGCGAGUUUAUCGAGGCCACCGACAGGCGGGGGCGGCGCCCAAAUGGGUCCAUCGCGUAAAAAUCGCCCACUGUGCAAUGAGACAAUACGCUGGCGUUCCGAUGUGCCAUUGACGGAGGGUCAACUACGUUCCAAACGUGAUGAAUUCUGGGAUACUGCGCCGGCGUUCGACGGUCGCAAAGAAAUUUGGGAUGCGCUGCGGGCAGCCACAAACGCGGCGGAGGAGUUAAAUUUCGAAAUGGCGCAGGCAAUACUUGACGGAGCGAAUAUAUCGGUGCCCAAUGGUUACCUCACAGAAUGCUACGAUGAACUUGGCACACAAUACAAAGUGCCAAUAUACUGUCUAUCCUAUCCUAUAAAUAUCGUUAAAGAAGAGAAUGGACGUGAUUCACCAGCGGAAUUCUCAGAGCCCGUCGACGGUGGCACUGAAGUAUUCCUUAAACUGCGAAUAUCGUCCACAAUGUUGGAUGUCAAAUUACCAGUAUAUUCAAAAGACACUGUGGGACAGUGCAAAAAGAAAUUGCAGGCUGUGGAAGGCAUCGACGCCUGCUGUCAGCGUUGGUUCUACAGUGGCAAAUUACUUGGCGACAAAGUGCCCAUAGACGAGUGCAACAUACAGAACGGCUAUGUCGUACAGGUCAUUGUCAAUACGGAGCAUUACAACCACGAUAGCAGCACAAUUAUACCGGUUGCGAGCUAGCCAAGUGUUAACGCUAAUGCAAAAUGUAAAAAAAUAUUAGCAACGAUUAAAGCAACAGCAGCGACAGCAACGACAAUGUCAAUGCGAACGCUAAAAACAACAGCAACAACAACAACAGCAGUAACAACAAUGUCGAAAGCCACAACAGAUGUUCAAUGUAGCGGCUGUGUUACAUUUGCAUACAUCGUAGUAAAUAUAUUUACAAACCAUUUUAUUAUGAAUGAGACAAGUAAGCGACAUUUAAUAGACGGACGGACAGACUGACAGAACGACAGACAGCGCUAUGCAUGUAAAUUGCAAUGCGUUCUGCUAGAAAUGUGCUGUGUAUAAAGCGCCAGACUCACGCGAUAGUGUGUGGGCGCGCACUUUAUUGUUGUUGUAACAUACAAGUCGUCAACGAUCGUUCAUAUGAAUGCAUAAAUUGUUAAUGGUAGGUGUUUUCUCUUUUCGUACUAAUUUCAAUCAUAGCAUCACAUUUUAAUUUUGCUCCUUGAUUAGACAUGCAUAUGUAUGUAUGUAUGUAAGAAUUAUUGUAGUUGGUAAUUGCGAAAAUCGAGAACGAGUGACUUAUCGAAAUUGUGCUGCGAAACGUCGUCAUUUGUUGGUUAGUUGUUGUUGUUGUUGCCUGACUGUUCUUGCUACGCCUUGGAGCAAUAGGCUGUGCAGCAGAUAUUACACACACAUACACUUACUUAUACACAUGCAUAUAAAUACAUAUAUGUAUAUAUAUAUUAAAUAUAUUGAAUGAAUGAUUGAAAAUGAUUGAAAGUUAUGAGAAUAUGCAAAAUUUAUAAAAAAAAUAGGAAAAGAACAAAAAACAUGAAAUAACUUAUUUUAAAUAGAAGAAAAGCGCUGAACUUGUAAAAUAAAAUAAACAAAUUAAUAAUAUACUUUUUCGAAAAUAAUUAAAAGUAAACUAGCAAUUGCAAGAAACAAAAAGGCAUAUGUUGUUGUAGCAUUUUCUACUAUAUACCAACUGUGUGUAUAUACUCAGUUAGUAACGGAAAUGUAAAACAAACAAAAAAACAACAAACAUUUUCUAAGCAUUAACAAUUCGAAGUUAAUAGACUAGACAAAAGGAAUAUUAGCAAGUCGAUAGAAAAGGCGAAAAACCAACGCAAAUAAAUAAUAUGUACAGUACACAAACAUACAUAACAAUAGUUAUAGACAAACACACACAAAGUUUGCAAAGUAUAAAAGUGAAAUAGUGGUAUUUUUUGUAAGUAUAUUAAUGCCAGCAAAUUUCGAACGUCGCGAAACGAACAAAUAGCAUACAGUGUUUUUUUAUCUCAGAUGUAAUAUGCGCAAAUUUUCGUAAGAAAGAGGUGAUUUGAGUUGGCAAUUAGAGUGAUUUUUGUUGUCAAAGAUCACAUUGACGCCAUUUAAAUACGGAUAUAGUUUUAAAGUAAAAUUCGAAAUUUUCGAAAUUAAGUUCGAAAAUACUAUUUAUUAAAAUUUCGUUUUUUGUGAAUUUGGAAUUAGUCACUUAUCAGUUUUUAUAGAAAUUAUAAUUAGCUUUCGAAAAUUGCCAUAUUUUCGAAGCUAAGUUCGAAAGUAAUAUUUAUACAAAUUUCGAUUUUUAUGAACUUGAAAUUAGCCAAUAUUGAAUAAAAUUAUAAGCAGCUGAAAUUUUCGAAAAUUAAUAAAUUUGUCAUUUAUGCUGACAAUUUUCUUUUAAAUAAUGUUUGAAUAUUUGUAAAUUAAGCUUUUUUGGCGAACUUUUAAGCAUCAAAUAACUGGAAAGAGUUAUUACAUAUUUUCGGAGUUAGGUUCGAAAAACAGUUUUAUUAAAAUUUCAAUUGAAAAAUAAUUUAAUAAAUAAAUUGAUAGUUGCAAUAUUUUUCCAAUUUUUGUGUGCUAAAAUUUGCGUGUUUCUAAAUAAAUAACUUCGAAAAUUGCUCAUACCACAGCCAUUUUUUUAAUUGCAAUAAAAUAAAAAAAAAACAAUAUCGAAAAGCAUUAUUUUAGAAUUAAAUUCGAAAGUAAAAUUUGAAAGGUUUGUUUUCAUCACUAUUUUCGAAACACUGUCAAAAACAAGUAAAUAAUGUAUAAGACUUGAUGUUUGAAAAUUUGACUUUCGCUUAUGAGAAAUUUUGAAAUUCGAUUUAGCUUGUAUUUAAAAAAUUUCAUCGAAGAUGCGAAUGAUUGUAAAUAAGAAAAGAAAACUCUUGUUUUCUGAUGCUUUACUGCUCCUUAUCAAUUUCGAAAAUUCUCCUCCUCGCUUAAUGCGGUUCAAGUGGUAAAAUUUAGUUUGUUUUUCAACAAUUUAAUGAUUGUUAUGAUUUUUUGUUGGCUAGAAAAAAUAAAACAACAAUCAAUUCUAAAUUCGAAAAUUUUAAAAUCGAAAAAAUCGAAAGUUAUGUCAUGAGCGCUCUAAUUGUCAUCUUUGACGAGAUCAUAAAAACAAUAAAUUUAAUCGAAAAGAAAACAGCAACAAAUCCCAUAGAGAUACAUACAUAUCUACGUAUGUAAUAAAUGAAGAGCAUCGGCAAUAAACGAGAAAAUACUGAGAACAAACGGAAAGCUAAAGCACAAUUUUUGUAACUACGUAUAGUAUCUCGCUCGCAUUCUAAAAUCCCAAUGUACCUUAAUUCCUAAUUUUUAACAGCUGCAAGCCCACAAACAAACGCUGACAUACAUACAAACACAAAAAGAAAUGUGAGUGUAUUAUAUACAUAAAUAUUACGAAUCAGUUAUUGUACCACAUACAUACAUACGUACAUGCUGCCGGAGUUGUUUUGUUUUAAUUUUUUAUGCAAUUAUGUUACAGACUUGCGGCCUAACGGUAUGUGUCUAAGCAAGUGUAUAUACAUAAGAACGUAUUUGUACGAUAUACGAAUGCCAUUACGCUUUCAAUUAGAUGUAACUAAUUUAAUAUAUACAUUUAAUGCUGUUAAAUUUUAAUAAUUAGUAAGAAAAAAAGAUAUUACAUGGCAUUUUGUAAGCAGUUUGCACAAUAAGUGAGGUUAUGUGCAUUUGUAUACGUGUUUUAUGUAAGAAAGGCAAAAUUUUUAACCAGAAAGUUGACUAUCAUAACUAUAACUUCUGCAUAGUUCACUUUUAAUCCCAUUUAGACCACCGUAACAUUUCGAAAAUAGUUAAACAUUUUUUUGAAAUUUCGAAAAUAGACCAAAAUUGACAAUUGAAACAAAGUACGCCCCCAAAUCGAUUCCAAACUGAAUGAAAAUGCUUAAAGCUGCGCACUGUUAAGUUAUUUUGGCACAAAUUGUUCGCGAUAUAACCUCACUUAUGCCCGCGAGCACCGAUUUUGCGCUCGCGCUCUCUCCCCGGUGUACCCUUUAAAAGCUUCAAUUGCAUUUAGUGUCUUUUAACGCCCAAUUGCACAUAAAAAGAUUAUUUAUGAAAAGAAAACAACAACAAUAUUAAUAUUAUAUGUUUUUUGUAUGCUUUGCAUUAUAGCAUACUAAGUGUGUUUAUAACUAUUUAUUAACCAAAAGUAAUAUGUUUGUAUGUAUUUUAAUUAUAGUUUUGCAAUUUAGUACAUAUUUAUUAAUUAUACUAUUUUUCCCCUCCUUGCGCUAAACAAACACAAGCUCUCGUCAUUUAAGGUGUUACGUGUUACGCAAAAUUUGUAUAACUGUAAAAAUCAAACAACAACACAUGGCGAAAAUAAUUUAUUCGUUCAGUAAUUAAGUAACGGACUAAUAGUAAUUGUAUUAGAGUUUUAAGGAAACAAAAAGAGCAUGUAGGGUUCAAUGCGUUUUAGAAUGCAUUUAUGAAAAUUAUAUUUUUAUUUAAACAUAAAUUAAUUUAAUACACUGAAAUAUAGAGACAGAAAAAACCGUGGUAUA